GCUCCAGGCCGCCCCAGGCCUCUCUGGCACCACCACUCGACCCGUGCUGGGGGCGGGGCUAGAGCAGCUUGUCCCGCCUCCUGUGGACGUGGCCCGGCAGAGCCCCGCCCACCAGCACCGGGCAUCGCUGACCAUGGCCGGGAGGAUCGCGAAGGAGCUGGAGGAGGCGCGGCAGUGGUGCGGGGUCCGGCAGCUGCGGCCGCUGGAGGGCGACAUACGGCGGUGGACGGGGCUCCUGCUGCCCAACAACCCCCCGUACAACGCUGGCGCCUUCCGCUUCGAGCUGACCUUCUCCCCGCACCACCCGCUGGUCCCCCCCUGCGUCACCCUCCGCACCGACAUCUACCACCCCGGCGUGGACACCGAUGGCCGUGUCUGCCAGCCCCUCACCUCUGCCCAGCACUGGGUGCACACCACCCGUGCCAUCCAAGUGCUGCAGGACCUGCUGCUGCUGCUGGACAGCCCGGACCCCCAGCGUGUGCUGCGGCAGGAUCUGGCCCGCGAGCUCCAGGAGACCCCCGAGGUGUUCCAGCGACGGGCCGGGAAACAUACCCGAUGCCACGCUGAGCCGCGCCCUGGCCCCUGAGCCCCCCGCAGCCGGGGGCACCCCGACGUUACUCCCCACUCCCUGCGCCAGCCCAGCACAGCCCCGUGCCCCAGCACCAUAGCCUGGGCUUGGGGUCCCAGCCUGGUGGCACGGGGGCCUGGCACUCCAUGCGGGUCACGUCAGCCGUUAAUAAAUUUCCUCCCACUUUG